CCUUUUUCAUACACGUACACAAAUACACACACUGUUGUUCUUACGCAAUCCAUACCCUGGUGUCACAAUCCUCUGUACUUUCAGCUGACCAUACUCUGUCUCUCUCCUUCGGCCGAGAGCAAGAUGAAGGUGUCAGAAGUAAUCUGGGUCUUAUCCCUCUACCUCCAUGGGGUUACUGCCAACAUGGAUGAUGGUAAACUGUGUUACAUUCUGGAUGCGAUCCUGGUCCUCUAUGGAAUUGUUCUGACAGUCCUCUACUGUCGACUCAGGAUGUCCCCAGCACCAAGUGGAAAAUCAGGGGACCAGGCUGGAGCAGGCGAGGGCAUCUAUCAGGGUUUGACCCCCCAUGCCCAGGACACCUAUGAGACAAUCCAGGUGAAGAAGAUGUGAAGGCGUAAACUGGAUUGACCAGGACCAGAGAGUAGAUCCAUGAAGGCCAGGUCUAGAGCUCUCCCACCCAGAUCAGUUUUAGAGUCACCCCACCCAGACCAGGUUCAGAGUUACCCCACCCAGACCAGGUUUGGGCUGGGACUGAACCUGGAGGAACUCAUGGAAUGGCUGCCACUGUCCUGGUGAAUCCUGUUUUAUCACACUCCCUCUCCUCCCAAUCAACUUCUAUUUACUCUGUCUUUGAUUUUCUCAUUUACAUCUUUAAUAUAUGGGUUUAUUAUUGUGUGUGUAUUUACACCCUGUGGUUUCAAAGACAAUAUUAAGGCCAGUCAUUGAAAAUUAAAGAGAUUAGCAUUAAUUAAAAUACAGCAUCUCAUGCUCUCAUCGCUAAAGAUCAGGAAGCUGAUGUGGGUGAUCAUAAGUGUACAUAAGUGUCACAAGGACUUCCUU